UAAUUACUGAGAACCUUUCAUCAUAUUUCAAACAUUGCACUGCAGAUGGCUUCCUAAAAAAUAACACUCAAAGUUAAAGGUUUACUUUGUUAUAUUGCGGAGGAUUUCAUCAUUUGGUUGUCAGGUUAAAUUGUGCCUUUUUAUGCUUUUGAAGUGAAAGCUCACUCAGUCAACUCAAAAGAGAGAUGUUCUUUCUGGUAUGUAAAAGCCAACGAUAGUUCUCUGAUGCACCUUGGAGAGUGAAAAGUGAGUGGCAGGGUGCUUUGUUGCAGUCUGCAGCCUCACCAUUAGAUGUCACUAAUUCUUACACACUUGACUUUUAAGGUGUUCAUAAUAAUUAGGACUGUUGACUGUGACUCCUGACAUACAGUACAGUAUCUGCAGCUGGCAGAAGAAGUUGCAGAUAAUGUCUGAAGUGGUUUUGUGAUUUGUUUCUUUAAGUAUUGUGAAUAUUUGCUUUUCCACAAAUACAGCCACCACUUUUUGCACUCAGUAACAAUCAAAUUAGUACAUUAAUAUUAUACAUUUGCAGUCUUUCUGCAGUAUUUUGUCAGCAAUGUAAAAAAAUAGGUGCUGCUGUACUUGUAUUUGAAUGUUUUACAACCAUUGUACAAGUGUGGUAUGUAAUAGAUUGCAAUUGAAUCAGCACAUAUGUCUAUUUAACUCUCCGAGCUUUCAGGAGAAAGUAAGAGAAAGAUUGUAUGAGAUUUGUGGGAUAAACUGCAUGAUUUCCUUAAAUUGGAUUUCCCCCCGAUGAUCAGUGGCUGGAGGUUAACUAAUUGUUUCAUAUCCCACUUAGACCAUACCAUAAACCAUCUGCUCUCAGUUGCUUCUGGGUAAUGUUUUGUACUUCUCUCUGUGAGGGGCCCAGAGCAGCUGUUUUUUCCCUUUAUCUCAUCUGGUGAGUUCUCUGGCAUCUUGACGAGCAGGUGCACGCGUCUGAUAUAUUUGUUCCAAUUAAGAGCAACGCGGUUUUGUUGUGAUGAGGACGUGAAUAAACCAAAAUCAUCCGAGCAGACAUCGUUACACGGCUUCCAGAAAUCGUUUUUUGGUUUAUUAAACACAUAUUAAUCAUUUGCAGCCUCUCGAACGCUUGUUUCCUCUGUGCGCCCCUCAGCGUAGUCCCGCCUCCAGUGCGCACAGGACCUGACGCGCCUUUAAGUGCCGUUGGAGCAGUUUGGAAAAUGCUGGACACACAUGGGCUGUUCGUUGUAUAGAGGUUCAUCAUUUCCCCCAAAGGAUGACUUCGACCAGUUGUGAUUCUUUAGAGGACUUGCAAACAUCAGAGAUGCUGAGCUCCAACAUCUCCAAGUCAUUGCGCGAAGACAAUGUCACCAAGAAUUCCAGUUGUGGAUCUGUAUCAGUGGGUUUUCCCAUCACCAUGAUGGUUACUGGCAUGGUGGGGAACUCUCUGGCUCUUGUCCUGGUGUACAUCUCUUACAUAAAGAAGGAAAAUAAACGGAAACGCUCCUUCUUGCUUUGCAUUGGAUCGCUGGCGCUGACUGACUUGUUUGGGCAGCUUUUGACGAGUCCAAUAGUGAUCUCAGUUUACAGAGCGGAUCUGAACUGGGAGCGCAUCGACUCGUCGGGGAAGCUGUGCGCCUUUUUCGGUGCGUGCAUGACAACUUUUGGACUGUGCGCGCUCUUCCUGGCCAGUGCCAUGGCGAUCGAACGGGCCAUGGCGAUAACAAACCCCCACUGGUACUCCAGUCACAUGAAGACGAGUGUCACAAAGCAGACUUUGGCUGCCAUAUGGUUUCUGGUGCUGCUCUUUGCGCUGCUGCCUAUCGCAGGCGUCGGGAAGUACACGCGGCAGUGGCCUGGCACCUGGUGCUUCAUCAGCACCGGGGACAGAGAAGUCCCGGGAAAUAUGUUUUUCGCCAUUACUUUCGCUGUACUUGGGAUUUUCUCUCUUCUUGUGACACUUUCCUGCAACGUCGUGACGAUCCGGGGUUUAAUUGUCCGAUGUAAAACAAAGACUGGCGCAUCUCAGUCCUCGAAACAGUGGGAGCGACUCACCACAGAGACCGUCAUUCAGUUGUUGGGGAUUAUGUGCGUCUUGCUUGUAUGCUGGUCUCCUUUGCUGGUGCUGAUGCUGAGGAUGAUCUCCAACCAAGUGUCCUCACACGAGUGCAGUACAACCUCAGGGGUGUCCAGUGAAAGCUCCAGCAGCCGCGAUGUCCAUUUAGACUGCAAUUUCUUUCUGACGGCGAUCCGCCUGGCCUCCCUCAACCAGAUUCUUGACCCCUGGAUCUACCUGCUCCUCAGGGAAAUCCUCUUCCGUAAGUUCUGCAUUGUAGCUAAUGCCGUGUCCAACUGCUCCUUGGAGAAUCGGAAGGAGAAUCCGAAUGCACUGGAUGCUCUUAACAAGCAGAGCCAAGACAGCAAUAAUCUCCAUAAAACACAAAGUGGCUGAGGUGACCACUGAUGGGAAUGGCUAUCUUGUGACCUUGAAUACAAUGACAGAUUGGACGGAUGGGGGAAAAAUGGAGGCAAGGUUGUCUUGGAAGUGUCAAAAAACUGGUAAUGGGUUUCAUUACAGAGGAGGAUAUUAGGAGGACACAUGUAGUGCCAGUGGCAUUCUUAAAGAGAACAGCCUAAUCUGAUUUGAGUGUAUUUGUUUUGCUUAAAACACAUUCCAGUCAAAGUCACCCAGCAGCAUGUAGACGCAUGACUGUGUCACUUCUUGCAUUUGGCCACAGCGUGGCUACCAGGAACUGUCUUAUCUUUACUCUCUUGUUAUCUUGACCUUUCCAGGUGCGACAAUUGAAUGUGGGUGACUCUAAACUGACUUAUAUGGAAGUGGUGCAUCUCAUGGGGUUUGUGAUCAUUACUUUCAUCAACUUGAAGCCAUUGAAGACCAUUUUUAUUGUCUGUUUAUUGAAAAAAAAAAACUGUCGAUUGCUUGCAUUGACUUGUAAAUAGCUUUUGCCAUAACUUACAUAAAAUGUAACCACUUUGUUUAAAAAAAGAUCUCUGGUCAUUCAGAAGAAAAUGCACAUCCUAAACUGGAGCCAAUCGUUGAUUGUAUGACUAUUUAUUAGAAUGCUGUUGUAAUAUGUUGGCGAUGGUAACUGUUGGGAAUCAGCUGUUGUAAAAUGUUAUAAUACACUGUAAAUUAUGUUCCUAGGCAACGAGCCAGGGACUGUGAAAUGUGAAGCUUUUACUGUCACCACUGUGUAUUAAAAGCAUUCAUGAUCUGUAAUGUGAACUGACAAGGGUGCCGAAUUUCACCAGCCAAGUCCUUUUUUGGAAGAUAAUUUGGAAGAUAAUUGGUCCAGUCUCAUGACCAGUAACAUUAAUGUAGAAACAGGGGUUCUCUUUGUGUCCAAGGAAAAAUACUGAGGGCCAUGUCCAGAAUGUCUCGUACACGAAAUGUAAACGAUCGAGAAGUGUUUAUCGCAUGUUUUCAAACUGCUCGUGCAAAAGCCACGCACAUAAUUUGUCGUGGUUUUACAAAUGUACAGCCAGCUUUAUAGUCACAUUAGAAUAAAGGGUCGAUGCUGCAGCUACAGUAGAUUUUCUUGGGUAAUCCAUCAUUGUACUUUUGUUUUCCUCAUCUGAAAAAUAUUGUCUUUGUAGCUCAUUUCCUAUAAUGUGCACUGUGCAAUUUCUCUGAGCGCUCACAUGACAUCAUGGCACUUUUUUUAAAUGACGCAGUUUGCUCGGAGCCGACUAAAUAUAAUUGUUGAGCAGCGCCCAGGAUUUGUUGCUUUUAUAAUCCACUUUUGCCUUGAGUUGACCGUCUUAAACACAUUUUGCUCUCAAGCUAUGGUGCAGUUUUGUAUCAUCACCAACCAACAACUCUGCCUUCUCUGUGCAGCCACCGAGGGCUUCACAAUGCACACUCUGCCUUGCCUGGUCUUGCCUUUCAGUGUGAGAACAUAAUCUAAAGUGAUAAUGACUUGAUCAGAGAUUGUCAAAUGGAAAAGCCUGGUGGAUGGUGGACAUUUUCUCUUCUCUACGAAUCUGUUCAUUUGCCAGCAGAGUGGACUUUAUCUCGUAUUGAUUGUAAAGCCAGUCUGCCUUAGUAGCACACCUUGAUAGGUGAGCUAAAAACAACAACAGCGGGAAACAACCGUUUUAGUUGCACAGAGAAGAUGUUUUUUUUUUCCAUAAGUCAUGAUUAUUUUGGAGGCCCGUGUCUCAUUUGAAUAUGGUAUUUUGUUUGGGAAACGUGAACUAUUAAUGUAUGCAUUCCACUCGGACAUGUGCAGUGCUCAUUUUCUCUGAUUGUGGAUGUUAUUCCAGACACAUGCACAUUGUGCUGCAUGUACACUUGUGACAUCAGGGGCUAAUUCAUGCAUUUUAAGCAGUGAUUGCAUUUAUUCGCAGUUUGCUGCCGGACAUGUUGUGUUUACGAUUGAUGCAGCUCACUUGAAUCUGCGGUGCAAUUAUCUCAAUUUUCUUGUCCAGGAGAUUCUGAGAGAGACUCCUGCUUUUCACUGGAGGACAACUUUUACAUCAAGGAAUAUCCCCUUCGGGAUAAUUGAUCCUAUAUGUGGUUGUGAAUGUUCCAGGAAAUUACAGACCACCCAAGCUCCAUGAUGGAAACGAAGAUGGGCCCAUUAAUAGUGUACACAAUGUUAACAGACAACGUCUUCUGUGACUCUGCAAUACAGUUUACUGUCAUAAAACCUACAUUUUCAUUACAGCUUGGGCUGCUACACGGCUACGAGAUGAAACAUUCUUUUUUUUAACAGCCCAAAGGGUGCAGCGAUGCUUGGCUUAAUUUAGAAAUAGCUCCCUGCUAUAAGAAUGUUGCAUUUUAAUGUGCAUAUUGCAAAUGAGCCACUUUAUGAAAUGAAGAAACCUAUGUUAUUCGAGCUCUUGAUUGCACAGAUUAUUUGGCCCUCGUGCCUAAUUCUUGUUCUGUGCAGAGGCAUUGUUACUCUCUGAAAACAGACAUGCUGUUUCAUCGUAAAAUGUAAAUAAGAUGUGAGACGCUGUGCUCUACCAACAGAUUCUGGUUUGCUAAAGGCUUUGACAACAUGACAACAAAAUAAACUACACAAGUGCAAACUGA